ACCAACGAAAAGCACAAUCAACAUCAUCAGGCGACUGUCAGAGUUGGGAUCUGGGCGCAAUUUAAGAUUUGAGCAGCUGCAAGGGUCGCGCAAGGGAUAACGCUCCUGCCAGCUGUUUACGCAACCAUCACCCAAUCAAGUGGAGUCAACAACAACUUCAGAAUUGCCUUGUACUACAUCUGCUGCGAGCGGUCUGCAAACCAAGUCGAAAAGCGACACAACACUGGCAAGUCGAGACGUGCUCGCCGAACAGAUCCUCGAAACAUUCAUCGGUUGUUGCGCCGGGACCAGCUGCUCGCGUUUAGCCAUUCACUUUGAGAACGCACACUCGUCACUUGCAGGAGGCCCCGGACCCCACAAUUCACGCUCCUGCAACUCCCACCCGCCAUCCCUGUAGUCCCAGCCACUGCUCUCAACUGUCUGGAACCUUUUACACGGCAUUCUCGUCGGUAACGAUAGACUGGAACAAUGCCGCAGGCGACGAGAAGGAGAGCACCGCAUCACAUGCCACCACCACCAGCGGAAUUUUCCGACAGCGACCAGGAUUUCGACGAGGAAGAGAUGGAACCCGAAGAGGACUUGGGAGAUGACAUGGUAGCAAUGGAAGGGGAGGAAGAUAUGGAAGAAGAGGAAGCGCUCGCAUCAGCAGAGACACUCCCGAACCUCGAACCACCACCCUCGUACUUGCGAGAAAUCAGCACCCUGGCAUCCUGGACAGUAUCCUCCUCAAAACCCGGCUGCUCAAUACCCCAGCUCCGCCAUCCCUCCCCAAACUUCUUCUGGCAGUCCGAUGGCCCUCAACCACACUACCUCAACAUUCACUUCUUCAAGCUCGUCCGCAUCGUUGGCCUCCGGCUGUAUCUCGACUUUGAACAAGAUGAAUCCUACACACCCACACGGAUCAUCUUCCUCGCCGGGUCCGGGAUGAACGACCUACAAGAAUGGGGCGAAAUGCGUCUCGAAUCGCCGCGAGGCUGGCAAUGGGCCAACUUCGCCAACGUCGGCGACGCAGACUCAGACUCAGACGCAUCGGAGCCGGACAGCGAAGACGACGCCUUCGACGCGCACACGCUCGAUCUCAACCGGCCGCGAAACAGAAGAGCAAGUGAACACCGAAGCAGUGACAGCGAAAAUAUGCCCCUCCCGCCCCAGCGCCAGCGCGUGCCCAGCAACUUCCCCAACCUCGAACCCACUUUCGACACGCCCGCCGCAGAUGCUGUGCCCGCGCCGCCGCAGCAUCGGCUCACGUUCACACCCCAGUUCAACCCCCAGCACCAGACGCCCGUUCUCCCCCGUCCAGCACCCCGUCUGCCCUUCUCUAGUCUGAGCCCAAACACAGCGCCGCGCCCGCGCCAGCGCGAACGCAGACCGAAAAUGCCCGUACUGAGAGCGCAUCUGGUGCAGAUCAAGAUCCUGGAGAACCACCAGAAUGGGAAAGACACGCACUUGAGGGGGCUGCAGAUCUUUGCCAAGAAUGAUGAGGGGGGCGAGCCGGUAAAGGGAAGGGUGAGCGCGAGUGAUGCGAGAAGAGUGGACUUGGGCGAGGUGGGGACGACGAGGACGGGCAGGAGGGGAAAGGAAGAGGUGUUGGAGCUGGGUGGUCUAGGGGGCUUUGAUAUCCGGUGAGGAUGGGCGUGGAAUUAAGCAGGAGGGGAGAUAAGGACCAUGGUGUUAACGCAGCAUAGCAUGGAAUACAACACUGAGAGGCCAACUGAGAACGUAAAAAUAUUGCAU